AGACCCUGCUUGUAUGCCCGCUAUUAAGGUUGAUCCAGUUGGGAGACAUGAGAGAUGUCUUAGUAUUGGCCCCAUACUGUGGAAAAUUCUGCCCACUAAGAUGAAGCACUCAAAGCGAAGCCAUUGCUCUGAAUGGGAGAAGAGAAAGAGUGUGGAUGAAGAAAAGAGCACCAAUAGCCAAAAGAGCAGGAGGAGGUCUCACAGCAGUGAAAGAGAUCACAAAUGCUAUAAAUCACUUAAACCUGCAGACAGUAGUUCCUUCGAUGAUAGCUCCACACAUGAGAGAGACCGUCAUGACCGGAGAUACGUUGAGGAAUAUAGAAAUUACUUCUGUGAAGUAGAUGACCAGAAGCAUUAUCACAGAGAUUAUGAAAAGAGUCACCACCAUCAUUAUAGCAAAUCCUCUGGUCAAAGCAGAAAAACUAGUCAUAAAAGAAAGCAUAAGAAACAGGACGCUAGUUACAGCUCACAUUCGAAGAGCCACCGAAGGAAAAGAUCCAGGAGUGUAGAGGAGGAGGAGGGUCAUCUGAUCUGUCAAAGUGGAGACGUACUAAGAGCAAGAUAUGAAAUUAUUGCUACUUUAGGGGAGGGUGCUUUUGGAAAAGUGGUAGAAUGCAUUGAUCACCACAUGAGAGCAAUGCAUGUAGCUAUAAAAAUUGUGAAAAAUGUUGGUAGAUACAGAGAAGCAGCUCGUUCAGAAAUUCAGAUACUGGAGCAUUUAAAUAGCUUGGAUCCUGACAGUACAUUCCGUUGUGUACAGAUGCUGGAAUGGUUUGAACAUCAUGGCCAUGUUUGCAUUGUGUUUGAGCUACUGGGACUCAGUACCUAUGAUUUUAUUAAAGAAAAUAGUUUCCUGCCUUUUCCUAUUGAACUUAUUAGGAAGAUGGCUUAUCAGAUUUGUCAAUCUAUAAACUUCUUGCACCACAAUAAGUUGACUCAUACAGAUCUGAAACCUGAAAAUAUUUUAUUUGUAGAGUCCGAUUAUGUAUUAAAGUACAAUUCUAAUGUGAAGCAGGAUGAGCGCACACUGAAAAACUCAGAUAUUAAAGUCGUAGACUUUGGAAGUGCAACAUAUGAUAAUGACCAUCACAGCACUUUAGUGUCUACAAGACAUUACAGAGCACCUGAAGUUAUAUUAGCACUUGGGUGGUCACAGCCCUGUGAUGUCUGGAGUAUAGGAUGCAUCCUGAUUGAAUAUUACCUUGGUUUUACUGUCUUUCAGACACAUGAUAGUAAGGAACAUCUGGCAAUGAUGGAGAGGAUACUAGGGCCUUUACCAGUGCACAUGAUUAAAAAAUCAAGGAAACAUUAUUUCCAUCAUGACCAAUUGGAUUGGGAUGAACAUAGUUCUGCAGGUCGCUAUGUUAGGAGACGAUGUAAGCCACUAAAGGAAUUCAUGCAUUGCCAUGAUAAAGACCAUGAAAAUCUUUUUGACCUUAUUCGUCGCAUGUUGGAGUAUGAUCCAGCCAAGAGAAUUACUCUAGAUGAAGCAUUGGAGCAUUGUUUCUUUGAUGACAGAGAACUGAGUUGAUCUGUUCCUUAAGGAUGUGAUAAGGACUGUGUCAGUCAGCACCUAGUUUGAGGCGUUGGAAGUAAUUUAUUUUGUAUAUUUGAUUCUGUAAAUAUAAUCCUGCAUUUUUGUUGAUGCUGUGUCUAACUUGUUGAACAGUUAUGGUUUUGAUCAUGUAAACAUUAAACUUUUUCAUUUUUA